UUCAGUGUAACUGUAGGCCGCCCAAGUAAACUGUGUUUUGCUAACAUAAGAUCUCCCAUUCGGUUUCCAGCACCUUUCCUCCUUAUCCACACUGAGGAGAACACAAGAAACGGAAAGAUGGAAAUUUCCACAACAGCCACAGAUGUUAAUGGAGUACUUGUCAUCACCCAAGUUAGUCCACAGAAUAAUUUUGCCUGUUAUGCAGGAUCACCAGUCAGCAGCAACCUUCUUCGAAUGCAACAAUCAUUAAAGGCGUUUCUCAAGGGGGAACCAAAGGCACUGGGUGCAGUACAGAUUAUGAUUGCUGUUUUAAGUAUUUCCUUUGGAGCAUUAUUGGGAUUAACUGGUUCCAUGGCAUUUUUAGGAGGAAUCCCAUUUUGGCCAAGUAUUUUGUACAUUAUCUCUGGAUCGCUCUCUGUUGCUGCUACAAAAAAACCUACUCCUUGUUUGAUGAAAGGAGCUUUAUCCAUGAAUAUCAUCAGUGCAAUUUUCACGAUCCUGGGAAUAUGCAUGUACUCAUUGGACAUACCAUUUUAUUAUGGCAUACUGGCAUGUGAUGAUUCAAACUGUGCACCAGCAUUGAUACAGAGUGUUGCUAAUGGAAUAAAAUCUAUUCUGCUACUGUUUUCUAUUCUGGAGUUCUGUAUUGCCUUUUCCCUGUCUAUUUAUGGAUGUAAAGCUGUUUGUCAAAUCAAAGAUACGCCUGUGGUUAUCAUUCAGAAUCCAGUGAAUGCUGCCUUCCAGGUGCCAAACAUCCAGACAGUUACUGUCCCUCAACCCCAGAAUCCACCUGUUUCAUCAUCUUGUACUUCACCAAAUAUAAAAUAACAGACAACAAACUUCUUGGAAUGCCAGGGCUCUACAAGUAAUUCAGUGGCGCAUCUGUUGAGUGAAAAGUGGUAAAAAGGAUUUUAGAGAAAAACAGUAGAGUCUUCU